ACUUCCGCUAGCUGGGAGGACUUUUGUAGCAGAUUCGACAGAAAUUUCAGUGUGCGAUAUGUAAAAUAAGGCUCUUAUUUCUAAACAGGAUUUAUUUACUUGUGAGCUGAAUUUAAUUUAUUAUUUUCUUUCUUUGCCAUUGUUAUUUAAAUGCCAAUGGGAUGUAUGGACAAAAAGCAGGUAAGAAUACAAGCUGACUUUAGCUCGAAUAUGUUUAUGAGGUCUUCAUGUUGGUUUGAACCAGAACUUAACAAACUCCGGUGGUGUGUGUGCGUGUGUUAUUUUGGUCUGGUGUGUGUGUCUACAGCUGUUAACAUCUGCAGUAGAUCAUUUAACAUUGCAGACCUUUUAUUUCUGCAGAGGUAUAAACUUGACAUGUUUUCCUCUGAAGACACGACCUGUCAGCUGACGCUAGGAUAUACGAUGCGAUGCGUCCAGAAGCGAUCACUUUUACGAAAUGUGAAAGUUUGAGCUACUUUAAAUUAGGAGACUAAAUGCACAUCAGCGACUUGUACUGAGAAGGACACACAUUUUAUUACAUUUAUACAGUGUGAUUAGUUUUACACAAAUAAGAACAUUUAACUGUUUAAAAAAUUCCAAAACUGCUCAUUGGUAUAUUUAUUUUAAAAAAUAUUUGAUAUAAAUAAAAUGUGUUGGAUUUGUAACCAGGUGUGGGUUCAGACAAUUUUGAUCGGGCUGACCCACCUAGAGCAUUACCACUUUAAGUAUAGCUACACACACAUUGGUGGCAUCCAUGUACUUUUUCUGUCUCCACUCAUAAUUAAUAUCUACCUCAAAUAUAUUCCUCAGUUUAACUUGUUAGAUGUGACACAAUAAAAUUGCAAAAUUUAAAUGAUUGAAGCCUCAAAUGCUGUAAGGGGUCAAAAAGAUGUUCAUCAGAAGUUACAGUUUUUAAGCAAAUUUCUUCAAACUGACAGGCCAAAAUGAAUAGUUCGGCAAUGUUGUGGUACCGAUAUGCUUCAAAAUACACCUGUGUUUUUUUCCUCACAGUUUAAAAACAAAGUACAACCAACAAAGAGCCAUGUUGAAAUGCAAAGAAAGCUUUUAGGAGAAUGUUGUAACACAGUCAGUCAAGAUUCUUUCAAUUAUAGGACACCAUAAAGCUUAAUUGAAAUUCAAAUCUCAUGUUACAAAUAUAUAUCAAAGAUCUCUUAAGUUCUGAAUCUGACAAGGCAACUAGCCAUAGUUUAGGCAUUUGGGGUGGCACUUGAGAUGGCCAGUCAGAGUUCCAGUGAGCUCUAAACCCUCCUUCUGGAUGUGCCUCUCUGUAUAACAUACCACAAAGUGAAAAUUGAGAUUCUUUUACCAAAGGUUGAAACCAAAUGACUGAAAAAACAAACAACCUCCAUAGUAAUCAAUUAUUUCAUGUUUUGUAUAAGUAUGCAACAAAACAUGCCUACAUCGUGUAACACUUAAGCAGACUAGUACCUCCAUUUUAUGCAGAGAGAACCACUUUUAGCAGUUUUGGAUUUAGGUUGUUGGAUUGGUCUCAUAAGGUAAAUCAAGUUAAAUGUGUAAUGUAAGCUUGCACAUAUUUGUGUAAUACUUCAUGUUUAAUGUUUGUACAUUUUCCAAUAAAGUUGAUUUUAAUUGUGAUUCAGAACAAACAGAGGUGACUCUUGUUACAGCAGAACUAAACUCCUACAAGGUUCUUUACUUGUGUGCGAGGUAGAGUCUGUAAUACAAGUGUGAGAAAACAGUAAAAUCGGACAAAAUGUCUCAACAUUCGCAAGGGAAAUAGUUUGAAAUUCUCUUUGCAAACUGUUAAAUUUCUGCUUUUCUUUUCCCUCUCUGUUUCUUUGGCUGCCACCCUCCUUCUCCCCGUUGCAUCAGCUGGCCCUGUGUUUAUGUGUCGGCUCUGCAACCUCUUCUCUCCCAGUCAUUCUCUUCUCCUGGUACACUGCUCUCAGCUGCAUCCAGAGCAGAAGCCUCCUGAUGACGUCAUCAUUGCACUGCAGCCUCUUGCAGGAGAGUCUGCAGAGACGCCUUCAGGUGAGACUGAAAUGUCAUCAUAGCCGGGAUUACCAUCACAGAAUCACAUUAAUAACAAGGAUUUUUCAUUUCUCAUUAAAAUUACAUUCACAAACUGUGGAAUUCAUUUGACUUUGACUAGGUUAUAAGGCUGAAAAUAGUAAUAUCAGACAGAAGUGAAUAACUAGAGUACAGAUUUUUUAAAAUGUUGUUUGGGGAAAGGCAAUUGAGCUCUUUCACUUUAACACGAAUGAUGGUGCUGCAGGCUGUGACUAUAAAAAAAAAUCAAAAGGUUAAAAGCAAACAUUUUUCAGUAAACUGUUUCUACCUGUAAUUUUUAAAUAAUUUUCUAACCCACAGGGAAUCCUGAGAAACGUAAACGGGGGCGGCCAAAAGGCUCUAAGAAGAGGACUCGCACAGAAUUACAAGAGGACAAUACUGAUGCCACCCAGUCUGUAGAGGAUGUUCAAGAUGUUCAAAGAAAGGGAGCGGAGAAAAAGACGGAGGGAGACCGAGAAUAUAGCUCAAAAAAAGGUAGUGCUGUUUCCAUUUGUAAACAUCCAUUAUUAAUUUUCUUUUUCACGCAGAGGUCAUGAUACACCUAAUCUGCAUUACAAAUACAAAGGUUUUAUUUAGUGAACGCAAUCACUAAAACACUACCUUGAAGAUUAAGUAACAAUGGAACAGUCGAACUAACAUAAACGUGGUAUCACCCAAAGAUAAAUCUGCUUUUUUUAAGUACUGACACAGUCAUGAAAGAUUAGCUUUUAACCAUCCCUGUACUGCAUUGUGUUGUUGAGUCUAAAGUUUUAAGAGCUUAAGUUUUUUUUUUUUUUUUUUUUCAGAUAAUUUUUUUCAUAAUUGUUUUGUAAUUCUUUCGUAAUAAAUAUACUAUACUUUCUAUGUGGUUCUGCCAGGAGAAAGUUGUAAAGAGUUACUGAGCUUGGAAUGCAGAAACUGUCAUCGCUCAUUUGGCAACAGACGACAGAUCCUCAAACACAUUUGCCUGAGAGAAGAGGAAGAAGAGGAGCAUGGAGACGUCAGUGGUGAGGAUAGAACAAAGCAGUAACAGAACAGCAGUAUGUGAUGUGGUGUUGCUUAAGAGAGUUUGAUAAUACUGUAUUACUUCAUAUUAUUUAAUGCUUUUAAGUGAGGAUUGUGAUAGAAAAGGAAAAUUUAUAAUCUUUUCACUUGGAGUUUAAGGGGACUGUAAUAAAAAAAUGAAAUCAUUCUCAGGGAGCGCUGGUGGUCAGGCUGAAGGUUCAGAGAGUUUAGAUCCAGAGGGAGUAGAUCCAAACCUGAAGCCACAAAAACCAGUGAAACAAGCAAGAAAAAGGGGUAAGUAUAAGACCAGAUGAUGAUUUCUUCACAUGAUUUAUAUCCGACAAGAUUACUUUAUUCCAAUUGUACAAAGUAGAAUACUACAGAGUUUACCUGUGACCUUGUUUAAGUAAAAAUAUGAAUGGAUGUAUGAUAUGAGCUUUCCUAUUGAAUUUUGUUCUUUGUUGUUAGAAACACUAAACUCGAGACCUCAUUGCAACCAAAGCCAAAACUCCAAAAAAGGAGGACAGGAAGCAGGAAAAUCCCUUAUCAGUGUUGUCCUGGUAGAAGAUGAAACACUUCCAGGUUUGUGCUUAAAAGGUAAUUCUGGAUAACAGCAAAUUCAGAUAAUCAAAAAAUGUCUUGGAAUAAGAUGUGUUCCCUGUGAUAGGAGUCACUAAAAUUGUUCCAGUAGAGGACAGCUCGGCAGAAACAGAGUCCACGGGCACCCAAGCUCAGCCUCAGGUGAGCGGAGGAAUAUUAAAAAUGAUUUUAUCACCCCUGUCUGGUUUUAUUUUUUAUUUGUGCUGCAUGGAAUGGUGUUAAAAAUGUAUUCAGUGGCCAUAUUCAUCACAAGAAACAGUGUCCCUUCUCAGAGGGGUAUUUUUCAGACAUCUAAGUGGGCUGGACAACUAGAAACUUCCUCCUAUCAUAGACACUGCAUUCAGGAUUUUAUUUGAGAAGCAAAACACUAACAUUUUUUUUUCUUAGCAUUGCAUUUUUUUUUUAAACAUUGGCAUUCAUUUCACUGUAACUUAAACUUUUUUUCUGUGACUCUUUAUAUUUCACUAUUUUAUUUAGAUUUUAGGUCUCUGAAUUUCAAACCUGUUUCAUUUCUUCUAGAUUUCUUCUGUCUGUGAAGGAAACCCUGAAACAGAUCAGGAAACAAGGUGAGAUGAUAGAAAAAUCCUGUCUUUACUUGAAGUCCACAACAUACAAACUGAUGAAGCUCAAACUAGUCCAAACAAAUGAGUGUUCAUUUAUUUAAAUUGGUGAAUGAUUGCCAUAACUAACCAUCAUGUAUAUUAUAGAAAAUGUGAUGGUGAGGGUUAAUUUGUCUUCAUGUAUUAUAAAAAAUGAAUCGCUUGUAGAUCUUGACACCUUUGUACCCCCCCCCCCCCCCAGCUCUUACCUGACCUCCACAACAACAACAACAACAACAACAACAAUAAAAACAAGAACAAGAACAAGUAGCAGGGGCUUCCAGGAAUAUUCUAUCAAGCAGGAUGCUCCCAGGUACCGUAUUUGUUUAUUUGAUGAAGUGCAUAACCAUUCAUUUCAAAAAUAGAGCUUUGGCUGGAGAGCAUGUGCAGCUCUAAUCUAAUGCAGUAAUUUAGAGAUUUGAACAGGACACAAAUGAUUUAGUUCUGUUUUUUUUUUCUUUUGAAAGACUAGAUAGUUUGUUUGCUCUUUAUUUAUUUUUAACGUACAGUGUCCAGUAAGUCAAAGAAGGUCCUUGAUUUGAUUUGAAACAUGAGCCACUCAAAUGAACAACAGAUCAACUGGCAAACAUAAUCUCGUCUCUCUCUCUGUCACCUAGUUUACACCAGGGUGAGCUGAAGGUUUUCGUCUGUGAGUUCUGUAACAAGAUCUUCAAAUUCAAACAUUCACUGGUCACUCAUCUCAGGACUCACACACAGGAGAAACCAUUCCAGUGUCCACACUGUGACUAUGCAUCAUCCUUCAAAGGUAGAUACAAACUGAGGGAUGUUUUGCCUUCAUUGCUUCUUUAAACAUAUAAGCAUGCAUGUUUUCAGCUACUGGUAACAACUUUUGAUUAAGAGGGAGGAUGGAUAAGUCUUUAAAGCUCUUCUGUAGGAGAUGUGGAAAAGCUAUGCAAGAAUACGACUUAUGAUUAAAAUGUAAAACAAACUACACGAUGGAUCAGAGUAACUGAUGCAGUCUUGUGAAUAACUCAAAACUGAUUCAACAUUGUUGAAAAGCUUCUGACUUUCUUAACCGGUUGUUGAAUUGAUUUUCCUUCAAAGCUAACCUGAAUAUUCAUCUGAGGAAGCACACAGGAGAGAAAUUCAGCUGUCCACACUGUACUUUCACCUGCCUCAGCCAAGGACACCUGAAGGUGCCGUGAUUAAUGAAGUACUGCUGCUCAUGUUAUAACUUGAACUUCAAGGUCCUGAGGAUGAUUGAACACCUCACAGUUACAGUCUUGAUUUAUUUCUGUGUUUUAGUUGUAGCUGUGUUUUUGUGUUUGCAUGUUCUGAUCCGCUCUAAGAAACGGUUUCUUCACUCUGAUACAGUUUUUGGUUUGUUUUGUGGUCUUAAUUCUGUGCUCCUGGUAUCGCAGGUUCAUGUCGAGCGAGUCCAUCUGAAGGUGAAGCAGCACUGCAGCUUCUGCGAGAAGAAGUACUCUGAUGUGAAGAACUUGCUGAAACACAUGGAGAGAUAUCAUAACAUUAAAGACCCUGAAGUCCAACAGAGUUACCAACAACUCCAGUAUGUUUUUUCAUGUGGACAGCAUUUUACCCUCGCAGUUAGAUUUUCGAUCGUCUAACCAACUAAUGCACUUGCUCCUCUGCUCUUCCCCAGAUUAAAGACUCGUCAGGGCCUCAGACAGUUCCUCUACCACUGUCCCACCUGCAAACGGCAAUUUAAGAACCAGCUGGAACGGGAACGCCACCUGUUGAUCCAUGGACCUCAGCGUCCCUUCUCCUGCCUCCUUUGUGACUAUGCUGCAACCAAGAUGGCCACCCUUGCUGCUCAUGUCAAGAAGCACCUCUUCUUGUAUGCCUGCUUUGCAUGUGAUGGGAAGUUUGUGAGCUCUCACAGACUGAAGAGCCACCUGGAGGAGACUCACCUUGAGCUAGACCAGGAGGUGGCCUUCACAGAAAGCAUCAACAGCAGCUUCUGUUUGACACAGGCUGGGGGCAACUUGGGGGGGCAGGAGGAGAGGGAGGAUACCGAAGAAGGAGGAACUCAAGAGCACAGGAUAGAGCUGGGGGGAGAAGAUGAGAAGGCAAUAGAAGCGGAGAGGGAAAAUGGUGCAGAGGGGGAUGGAGGAGGAGAGGGGAUGAGAGUAACAGCCAGAAGAGAGCAGGAGAAAGAGAAGGAGGAGGAACAAGACAAGCUACAGGGUGAAACUGUACAAGAAAAACAGGCAAUAGGGGGAGACAGGGAGAAAAGUAGGGAAUUAGAAAACAGAGAUUUUCAGCAAGGGCUGCCCCGUCAGGUGGUUUCCAUAGAAACCGGAUCUUCCAUUAACAGACAGGAUGAGCAGGAGCCUCAGGACAUGGCGAACUCUUGCACCCCAACAUUAGGAAACAUUAAACACACAGUCUCACUAACGGAGAGCAUUCACACAGCUGCAGCCGAGAACAGUAUUCAAGAAAACACACAUACCUCUGAGGAGAACACACACACGCCCUCGUCAUCAGGAAUUACACACUUGAGUAAUUCAAGUGUACAAACACCUCAAGAGGAAGAUGCACAAAUUUCACAUUCAGAAAAGGUAAAGUGAAGGCAUCACUAUCAAGCUAUGAGUACUGCUACAUUUUGUUUUCAUGACCGAUUAACCCGCAGAUUAUCAUCUCCAUUAAUUAUUUGGCCAAUUUAUCAUCAGAAAACAACACAAAAGAUGUCUCUUGUUAAACUGUCAAACUAACUUACCUAAAGCUCAACAUGAUAUCAUUGUGCUAUUUUUUUUUUUUUUUUUUGUAACUUUUAAAUCCUUAAAAUUUUGGUUUUCUCAUAUGGUUUCACAAGGAAAAGCAGCAAAAUGUAAACCAUAAGAAAUUUAACAUCAGUUCCACAAAUUAACAGAGUGGAAUUGAUUGAUAAAUUAUCCCAUUUUUGCAGCUUUAAUUUCUUAGAUUAAAAAAUGAUGCAAGACUUUUAUGAAUGAAUUUCCACUGGGAGUAGUAUUCUUCAGUAGACACAAAACAGGAAAUUAUAGGCGUGUAAAUUUUAUCUUGAGUACAUUUUACUGUCCUGCCUUUUAAUGAUCAUUGUGCGUGUCUGAAACCUACAACUGUCUCAUCACACAUAUGCAUCACCUCUUGAUAUAAACUUCCCUUCAGUUUUGCUUUCUUGUUUCCUGUAAUUAGGUGUCCAAAGUUCCCCAUGGGAGUGCAUUCCAGCAGGUGUUCUCAUCCCUCCAGAAGACUCUGCUCAAUAUGGAGUCUUUUCAUCAGCUCAGAAGAAUCUAUGGAGAACUGGAAUGUCAAUACUGUGGUGAGAUAUUGACACACCAUAAGACCUUCUUAUCCAAUUUAGUUAUUACCUUUAUUCAACAAUAGAGUCUCUUACUUCUUCAUUGAUAAGUCUCUGUCACAUCUGCUUGUAUUAUUGUCUGCUCCACAGGUAAACUGUUCAUGUACAAAGUCCAUUACAACGUCCAUGUACGCACACACACCAAGGAGCAUUCACAUUACUGCUCAAAGUGCAGCUACUCAACCAUCACCAAAAGCUCCCUGAAGCGGCACCAGAUCCAGAAGCACAGUGGCGUGCGGCUGAUCUGUUCCAAUCCAGACUGUGAAUACACCACACCAGAUAAAUACAAACUACAGGCUCAUAUGAAGACACACAAGGAUACGGUAAACAGCAACAUUAUUUUUUUUAUUGAUUUUUUAUAGAUGAAGAAAACAGAUUUGUCUUGUUUCCUGUUGACAGGCUAAUGUUAUUGUCUUGUAAUUCUUUGCAGAGGAAAAGUGUGACUUGUCCUGUCUGUGAGCACAGUUAUCCUGAGCACAGGCUGAAAUACCACAUCAAGACAACCCACCCAGGUAAAAAACACACUUGUGUAACUCAUAAGCACUUACACUUUACCUGUGAAUCAGUGUUUACAGCUUUAAAUCCGCUCUGCAGAAUGGGAGCAAGAUAUUGACAGGAUUCAAAAUGUUUGCAUGUUUGUGUUGUACAGACUCAGUGGUACAGGGUGCAGGCCUGAUGGCGCAGGGUGCAGAGAAGUGUCCUCACUGUGACUCCUGUUUUGCGAAGAAGAACAGCAGUGAGUUCCAACGGCACGUCUGGGCCCAUGAAGGUGUGAUUUAACUUGCUUUAACACAAACUUAUUUACACAGUACAGGUUCAGAAAACACAUUAAGGUCAGUGAGCAACCUUUUGCUGAUUUAUGAGCCUCCAUCUGUCCCUCUUCAUCCUGGCUGCUCUCCAAGAUGGACUAGACUGAGAAGACUGCAGAUGUUUUUAAAGGAAGUUGGCUUGUUGGUUAAGUUACAGUUGAAAUGAUGAAGAUGAUGCUGUAGAUGAAAAAGAGGCAAAAAGAAGAAGGUCAGUUAGGGCUACACAGAAGUAGUAGUAACACAAAUUAUUUAGCUAUUUAUUUGUUUAUUUUCAGUUCAAGCACUUUUUUUCAACCUCUUUUUUUGUUUUUUUUUACUACAAGUUUGCCCUUGUAGCAGGCGAAUCACUGCACUACUUACCAAAACAACAUCUCACCAACUUAAUACCUUUAAGAUAUAAGUGCUUAUUUUCUGCCUCAUCUGGUUAUAUUUUGUCUUUGCAAUGUCUAAUCAUUUGAAUGUCCAUGUGUACAGGUGUGAAGCCCCAUGCCUGUUCUUCGUGUGACUAUGCUACCUGGACCAAGAGCAACUUGAGGGCUCACGUGAAACGACACAACACAGACAGAAGUCACCUUUGUGAUCUGUGCGGCAAAAAGUUCAAAUCUAAAGUCACGCUGAAAAGCCACAGACUGAGUCACACAGAUGAUGGUUCGUUCUGCUCUGUCACUGAUAAUAAUUGUGAUCAUAACUGCUGCCUAUGUUACUGAUUAUGUAUUUUGUCUGUGCUUUGUUUUUUUCUUUCCAGGAAAACGGUUUCAGUGUUCAGAGUGUGACUUUAUCUCUGUCUCUAAAUAUUACCUAGUCAGACACAUGGAGCAACAUGCUGAAUUCAAGGUUAGAACACACACAGCUCAACCCUUCAAUAUGUAAAAAUACCCCUAAACAUUAUUUCUUUGAAAAAAACAAUAUGAUUAAGUUUCAUCACAACCUAAAAACAUCAGAUUCAUCUUUAUAGGACACUUUUGAAAUGAACACAGCACCACUGCUGGAAGUUAUUAUUAAUCAUUUUACUGUGAGUUACUGCUCAUAAUCACAGUUGAUUCCUGCUCAGUAACUUUCCUGCACAGUCCAACUCACCCUGCUGUUUUAUCAGUGUGCCACGACUGUUAGGGAACGGUGAGCCUUCUGUGACAUGAAUCAUUUGGUUCGCGUUGUGUGCAAGAAAAAUGACAAAGACUGCAGGUCGGCACACUCUGUGGAUUUGCCACACCCCGACAUUAGCCACACUCCAUGUGUGCACUCAGGGUUGUUCAGUGCUACUUGCAGCCCAAGUGUCUUUUUGUCUGUGUUUUUACAUUAUCAGAUUUUAUUUAUCAAGAUGUGUUUUUCCUCAAAUUAUUUGUUUCAAGUUAUUUAUGAAUGAUUGACUGGUCUUUUCUCCCCUAAGAUUUAUUCCAUUUGCACUGACUUCUGUACUUUCAUAUGUUUAUGCAGCCAUUUCGCUGUGCCCUCUGCCACUACUCUUGUAACAUUGCUGGUCCGCUGAAGCGACACUACAAGCUGAAACACCCAGAUCAGAAAUAUCAAAACGCUGGACUUGGACUGCCUGACACUGAAGCUCUAAAACAGCAAGGUCUGAGCUCUGCUUUCAUUGUUCAUGUUAUUUAACGCUUCUGUAGCAGAACUGCAUUUAACUGGCUGUGAUCACUGUUUAUAGCAUUUAUAGUAAGUAACAAUAAGUAGUGUAGUGACUGUUACAUUCUUCCCAUGUAUUAAUACGGCAGUUUAAAAGUAAAAAAAUAGAUCUUGAUUCUGUCAGGCAAAGUAAGACAUGGAGUUUUCACAGAAGAUAGGGUAUAUUCAGGGUGACUUAACAAAGCUUUUGUGUGUGCUUGUGUUUAGGUGGGAUAAAGUGUUCAGAAUGUGAGUAUGUUUAUGGCACAAAGUGGGAGCUGAAUCGCCACAUGAAGAACAAACACUGUGUGAAAGUGGUUGGAGGCACCUGGGAGGUAAAUAACAGAUGUAUACACUCUAAGAAGAGUGGAAAAAUGAAUAGUUAUGUUUGUUAUGUUAAGCUAACUGCUGGCUCAUGGGAGGCAGUAUAAGUCUGUUGGUACAGAACUCAUGUCUCAAGUAUAACACCCUAAUCCUGGAGACAUUAAGGAUCCUUAAAUGAUACUUGUAUUGUUUCAAUUAAACAUUUUCAAUAAAAGCUCCUGUGUGGAGUUUUGUAAACUGGCAUUGAAGCAGAUUAAGAUUUUAUAUUGAUGCCUACAUGACCUACAAAAUAGUAAAAAUGUCAAGAACAAAAUGUGCUACCUUUAUGCAUCACUUUUAUUCACACCUGAGACUGCUGCUGGAGUGUAGGAGUCAGACUGAGAGCAAAAACAGGCUUUUAUUUCAUUUAUUUUUUUUACAUUUUCCACAGCUAAGAUUCACUGCACUGUGGACACUUGACUGUUAAAAGAAAGCAGGGAGAGUUUUGGAAAAAUUAAAAACCUUCUGGUCAUGAUUAACUUUGCCUCAAACACUACUGUCUUCCAAAAACUACAUUUUGUGCAGUGGAGCUCAAAAACAGUCACACAGAAUGUCUGACUUUUAAAGCAGCUUUUAUUCUAACUUUCUUUUUUUUUUUUUUAUUAAAAAGAAAACUGCUUUAUGAAAACUGCUCAAAAUAUUACUAACUGGGAUAACACACAAAAAAGCUGCAGGCCAAUACAGUAUCAGCUUACAUUAAAAGUUGUAACUGUUGUUGCUGAAUAUUCUAACAAUAACAUGAACUGAUCACCUUGCCUGUAUUAAUAUCCAGGUGGAGGAGGCUGUAGAGGCCCAGUAUGUGACUGUGGAGGAUGGAGAACAGCUGACAGAAAUACCUGUAGAUGCCCUGCAGGAAAAUGGUAAUAAUAACAGUGAUUAGUAUUCAGUGAACAUAUGACCAACAGGCACCAUUCAGCUUUACAAAAUUGCAGCUGCUCCUCAUCACUUACAUUUUUAUAAAUGAUCUGUUUUUGAACUCACUAUGCAACACAUCAAACAGAGUAUGUUUUUGUUUUUACUUGUUUUUUUUUUUAGUUGACAUCCAGCAGAUCACUGAGUUCAGUUCAGAGACUCAAGAGGCUGUCACCUCGGUGGUUGCCAUGACUCCAGGCACCGUUACUGUUGUACAACAGGUAAACAAUAUUACAUCACUUCAUCUACCCCAUUACGCAAAGAAGGCUGAAAGAAUAUAUUGAUGUUGAGUUAUGGCUGUAGUUGCAGGUGACUGAUGAGCAGGAAGAUGGUGACUGCAGCAACCAGCUGAUGGUUGUGAAUGCAGAUGGGGAUCUGACUGGUGACCAGGUGAUGGUGGUGGAGGACGCACAUGGCCUGGAGGCUCUGACAGUCCUAACCCAGGGAGACAACACCCACCACUACAUCGUCUACGUUCAGGAGCAUACUGUGGAAAUCAACUAACAGUGUUACCACUCUGUUAAAAAAACAGCUGAUUAGUAUAUAGCAGAGAAGUAAAUCUAAUUUAUCAGUGGGAUGAAUUAAAUGGAUAUAGAUCUUGACUGAGCGUUUACUUUAUCAAGUUUUUUAGUCACAAAGCCAUAAUGAAAAACCAUGCUUGAAAUACUUUGUUAAAAUGGAAUAGUCUUUUUGUACUUUGAAAAAAAGUAUGUAAAUAAAGUUUCUGUCCUUCAA